ACGACCCGCUGCGGCGAGAAGGAAACUAACCAUCUUUACAUGCAACUGUAUAUUCUGCGGAUACUUUGCAGCGAACAACGGAUCCAAGAUCUUUAUUUACGACUUUGGAAAUGAAGGACAUAUUCACUCCGGAUUGAAAAAGCGACAUAUUUAUGACUUUCAUUCAUUCAUUCUUUAAGCUAAUCACUAAGGAAGAGGUACAGCUUCUGCAGUUUUUCUUGCUUUUACCGGAGUUUCGACACCCACAUGAUGGCCGAUAACAAGCACCCGCACGUUAUUUUCUGCAACGACUCGCCUAAAAGAGUUUUGGUGUCUGUUAUUAAGACCACGCCGAUCAAACCCAGGAGAGCUGAGGCCCUGACUCCGACAAGUCCCGGAUUCAGUGACUUCAUGGUCUACCCGUGGAAAUGGGGGGAGAACGCCCACAAUGUGUCUCUGAGCCCGGGCUCAGUGAGCGGUGCUUCCUCACCCACCGGAGCCCAGACUGCCAGAGAAGCGGACACGGAGCCAACACCUGAGCAGAUCAGGGAUGGCAUCCGCAGAGGGCGUCCCCGGGCUGACACUGUCCGAGAGCUCAUCAACGAGGGGGAGACUUCUGCCAGUCGCAUUCGCUGUAACAUAUGCAACCGUGUGUUUCCCAGAGAAAAGUCUCUGCAGGCUCACAAGAGGACACACACAGGAGAGAGGCCCUAUCUGUGUGACUACCCAAACUGUACAAAGGCGUUUGUGCAGAGUGGUCAGCUGAAGACCCACCAGCGGCUGCACACUGGGGAAAAACCCUUUGUCUGCUCGGAGAAAGGAUGUGGCAAUCGGUUCACACAUGCCAACCGUCACUGUCCCAAGCACCCUUACUCCCGUCUGAAGCGAGAGGAACCAAAGGAGGACCAGGAGAAGGCUCAGUCUGUGGAUAACAAGGCUGUGGCUGAGUGGCUAGCAAAGUACUGGCAAACCCGUGAGCAGCGUGUCCCCACAACCACCAAGGGGAAGACACAGGGCAAGUCCAGAGCAGAGGACCAGGAGCAGCAGGACCCCAUGGAGUACCUCCAGUCCGAUGAAGAGAACGAGGAAGAUGAAGAACCAGCAGAGGAGGAGAAGGGGAGCCAGGGAGGAGCCGCCAAACGCCGCCUCCAGGAGCAGCGAGAGCGUCUUCAUGGUGCUCUGGCACUCAUCGAUCUGGCCAACAACCUGUCUGCCUGAACCCCUUCCCACUUCCUGAUGUCUGACAUUCCCAUUCCCUCAUCUCUCCAUCCCCAACCCGCCUUCCUGCUGUAUGUGCUGUAGCUAGAAGUGUUCAUGAAUGCAGAUCAAUGACUAGUUUAGUUUAUUCUUGCAAGUUGUAAAAUCUGACUUUGAGAACGAGCUGAACUGGUCUGAGAUCAGUGCUAUGCACAUCAUCAUCUAUUGUCACAGCACCAGGAAGGCACAAGCUAAAGCACCUUAUUCAGCUUCCAUUUUAUCCUUUUAGGCUGCUAUAAUUGUAGAUUUGACUAUAUGAAGAAUGUUUUCUUUCUCCUGUCUUCUAAAGGCAAAGGAAGAGUACCUAUUAUGUUUUGUUUGCACUUUGAUGGUAACGAGUUCUUUGAGUGUUUGUGAGUGUAACCGAGUGUGUAUGAUUGAUGUAUAUAUGGAUUAAGCUCAGAUGGACAGAAUGAUACAGGGUGUGGUCAUUCAUAGGACAUAUGGAUGGCCUCUCAUCAUGCUCCCAGGUUUCAUCUCUAGCAUUGUAAGCACACUUUCACUUCCACUGAUUACAGCAGUGGUGGUAGAAAUGGACUGAGAGUGGUUCAGUUUAAGCAUCACCUUGACAGCAUGCUCUUAGAAGUGAGCGAAUGUGGACUAAA